AUGCACCCAAAGCAUAUAAAUAAUUUGUCUAUUUUAACUGAACUUCCGCAGAUUCAAAUGGAAACAGAUAUUGUAUCGCACGAGCCUCACCAUCAAGAAGAGGAGUCGGAACACAGCAAAAGCUCAAAUGAAGUGCAAGAUUCUAAUAAUAAGAUCGAAUUUAAAGCUCCGGCGCCGAUAAACGUUCAAUCGCGGCAGCCGGCGAUACCUUCAGUUCCAUAUGAAAAGCCGGAAUGGAGUGGCCUGCCAAAAGAUAAUUAUGCUUUUGAAGUCAUUAAGGGCGGUAUUAGUAUCGGCACGAUGGAAAUUCCGGCCAAGGAGUUUCUUGUUCUUGGGGAUCAACUAAAGUUCGGUGAAAGUACGCGAAUAUAUAUUUUGUUAGGUCCUGAGGAACCACAGCAACAGGCGGUCAAACCCGUUCCGAAGCCGACACCGGAAAUGACAGGGGUCACUUGGGGAUUUGCAGAGGAUGCCGAGGAUGAGAGUGAAAUUUCGAUUUCGGCGGCAAAGGAAUCAUGGAAACGGGAUGAAAAUGCUUACUAUUAUAAAGACCCUAAAAAGGCUUUGAGGAAUUGGCUCGAGAAUCGUGGUUACGAGAUGGAAUUUGAAAGCGAACAGGAGGGUCCAGGACAUGCACGAACAUUUACUUCUCGAGAUGCUGAUAGGCAGGCAGCGAUCGAUGCUUGUGAAAAAUUGGAUAUGCUGGGCAUUUUGCGCGCAAGUCAAGAUGAGGCUUUGGCGAGGAAAAAAAGGCUUAAGCAUUUGUUGGGCGAUGAUGCAGACGAUGAGGAAAACGACAGCUUUUAUGAUCGAACGGGUCAAGCCGAUCGUGUGAAAUCAAGAAAAUCUCUGCAAGCGACACAAAAAGUCGAGACUUAUGAAUCGUUGAUAAAACAAAGGGAGGAACUUGCACUGCGAAUUGAAGAAAUUCGGAAUAAGAUAUCAACAAUCAAGAUGACGGUAUCAGAGAAAUCAUUCGUUUCUCGGGUCGAAGAUGAACUGGAAAACUUUAUGAAUUCCAUAGAAGAUGAAAUAAAAAAUGAGUCAGAGGCUAAUUUGCAGACCAAGCUGCAAGAUUUGUUGACGCAAGAUCAACGCCUCGAUCGUUUAAUUCAAAUCACAAAACCUCAUGACAUCAUGAAAAACAACAACAUUCCACCAUCAUCGACGUCAAACGGAGUGCCGAAGGACAGUCGAGAGGGUGGUGUGAGAAUUGAACAAAGCGAGAAAUCAAUUGAAACCAAAGAGAUCAAAAAUUUUGCCACGAAAACCGAAGAAGCGAUAAAACACGAUAUGGUCGAAACAACAUCAAAAUUGAUUCCAUCAGAACAUGAAGACUCGGCUAUUCCAAGUAAAAGGGUUAACAUGCAGGAAAACGAUGACAAUAGUUCACCGGGUGGAGAUGAGGAGCAGAGUAAGAAAAGGAAAAUUAAGCCAGUGUUGCCAAUGACACCACAAGAAUUUGAAGAAAACCAGAGGAGGGCCAUGGAAUUGAACGAACUCGAAAAUGAGGAUGCAAUAACUUGGGAACCACCUCAAGGUCAAACAGGGGAUGGCAGAACGGCACUUAAUGAUAAAUUCGGUUACUAA